AUGUCUGCCACCUCCAGUCCACACCAAAAUCCUGAGAAUGGCACCCUGGACCAGGACGCCACCCUGGGCAAGGAAGCUCUGGGGUCUGCCGAGGAGCCUGGUGGCCGGCAGGGCGAGGGUCCGGCCAAGGAGGCGGGCAGAAAGGCGAAGAGGAAGAAGAAAAACUACCACCGCCACCCCAAGCCCCCCUACACUUAUUUGGCAAUGAUUGCACUGGCCAUCCAGACCUCUCCAAGCCGGAAGCUCAAAUUGUCCCAGAUCAUUCAAGAGAUCAGCACCCUCUUCCCCUUCUUCAAGGAAGGCUACCAGGGAUGGAAGGACUCGAUCCGCCACAACCUGUCUUCCAACGACUGUUUCUACAAGGUGCUGAAGGACCCCUCCAAGCCCAAGGCCAAGGGGAAUUUCUGGACAGUGGACGUGAACCGCAUCCCCCCGGAGGCCCUAAAACUGCAGAACACCCCCAUCUCCCGGCAGGAAGAGCGGGCGUUUGCCGCCGACCUGGCCCCCUAUGUGUACCACGGCUGGCCGCUCAACGGAAGACCCCCGGCCCCCCAGAACAUGCCCACCCCUGAGGACACAAGGACAUUCCCGGCCGGCGAAGGGGUCUCCCAAAACAGCCCCAUCAGCAUCGACACCCUGCUCAGCGACUUCCAGGACGUGGGUCUGAGCGGGAAGUCCAGGGCAGCCCCCGAGCUGCCCCAUAGCCCCUCCGCCGCCCUAGACGCUUGGGGCUCCGUGCCCAUCUACCAGGUCUGCACAGGGCACCCAGUUCUGCCCUGGCGGCCCCCCAGCCGCCUGCCGGCCCUCCGUUCCUUCUCCUCCUCCAGCAGCCUCUCUUCCCUGGGGUCCCUGUCCCCCGACGGAAGGCAAGCCGGGUGGCCGAGGCCCAAGAAGGGGCACACGCCCCACAGCUUGGCCAAGCGCCCCCGGGUCCUCCAGGACCCCGAGAGCAGCAGCUCGGACUCCGACGAUGCCCCGCGGGCCGGAGGGCCACACCUGCAGCAGCUGCCCACCUCGUACACCAAGUGCGUGGCCCCCAACGUGGUGGCUCCCCCCAGCUACCCGCCUCCGUUCUCUGCCUUUUCCGCCGUCCCGGAGCUGCCGAUUUACAACCCCUUGCCCUUCACAAGCCCCCCGGGGUACUGGGAGCUGCUCCCCAGGCCCCCCGCCGCCCUGGCCCAUCCCUCGGGGCUCUCGCUUGACUUGGACCAAGCCAUGCCGCCCAACAAGACCGUCUUCGACGCCUGGAUGACCCAGCCGGCCGACAUCGUGUUCCCAGUUGCCAGCGUGGCGGGGCCUUUUCUGCGGAGCACGGUGGUGGCCCCCUACCAGCCCGGCCAGCAGCCGGGAGAAGCGCUGCUGUCCCCAGACCACUUACCUCUCUGA